AUGAGAGGAGACAGGAUGCCAAGGGUCUUUCCAAAGGGAGAUGGACUGGCCAUUACCGAUGGUAAAGGAGAUGGCAGUGAGGGCAAUGGUUCUGUGCUCAAGGAUCUUCUCCAGAUCCAAGAGGCAUCAGAAAUGGAAGUUAUGGUGAUCUCUGUUCUUGACAGCUCAAGUUUCGUAGUUGCUUACUUUGAUCGUGAUGGGUUUCUGAAAAAUACCCAUUUGAGCAUAUUUCAUCAUUCUCAUCUUGGAUCAAGAGUAAUGGCAUCCACUUCGAGAGCUAAUAACGAGGCAGCAAAAUGGACUCAAAGAGAACAAGAUUAUCUCCUGAAAUUAAUGGUUGAACAAAUGAAAGUUGGUAACAAGAGUUCCAGCACUUUCAAUAAAGGUGGGUGGAACAAUAUCAAGAAAGGGCUUGAGGAAAAAGCCAAUCGGCCAUUUACGAUGGUUCAAUUAAGGAAUAAGAUGAAUAAAAUGCGAUUCGAUUACAGCGCUUUCAAGAAACUACUGGAUACUACAGGUUUUGGUUGGAAUUCUGUGAUGAGGACCUCAAAUCCUAAUUGGUCAAAGUUUAGGAGGAAUGGGCUACCACAUUGGCCUGAACUAUAUAUAAUUUUUGGGGACUCAUAUGCUAGUGGGAGAGGGGGAUUCAGGAAUGAAUCUGAUUUCAGGUUUGAAGAGGAAUCGAGAGGUGUUGAUGAUGAAGUGGAUGCAGAUGUAGAUGUAAUUCCAACUACUUCAUUGGCUAAUACCUUACCAACAGGUUAUUAUGAAAGCCAAGAUCCAGGAACUGAUUGUCUUAGAGUCAACAGAAGACUUGAUAAGACACCUACAGGAUAUAGGAAGAAGAGUAGGACAAUUGGUAUUGAACGCGCCAUACAGACCCUAGCUGAGUCAGUAGCAAACAAGAAUACUACAACCCCUAGCUCAACUCCAAUGGGUAUCACUCCAAAUACCACAGAUUUCAGCACUACUAGUGUUAGAUUAUUGGAAACCAUGAAUGAUAUCCCAAAAGAGUUGCAUAUUAAGGCGUGCAAGAGGAUAUUGGUGGACCGUGAAUGGAGAGAAUUAUUCAUUACUCUCAAGGAUGAAACGAAACAAUUGGCUUUUGAUGUGUUAGAUUGA